AGAUUGUAGCCCAGUUUCUUGCGGUUUCUUGAAACAUUGCGCCCUCUUAUGGUCAGAAAGGUACAUAGCAAGAUGUAAUGUAAUUUCUCCAUCUUCCGCCAUUUAUUACGCAACAUCCGGUUGUGCAGCAGCCAUUUUGUCUGUUCAUGCAAGUCCACCCCUCACGUUCAAGAACUGCGUUCCCACUUCGAAAUUACCCUAAAUAUUGUAUUUAUAUCGCUUUAUUUAUACUAUGUGGUACUUUAAAACGGAUUUUAAAAAUCCGUUUAAUAUUAAAAGUUCGAAGAGGACAUUUUCUUCUAAAUAAAUAUUGUAAUUUGUGUUGUGCGCACGGAUAAUUGAGGUUAUGUCGUGCGAGGAAAGCUACUUAGCCAUCAGACGUUAUCUGUCCGACGAACGGGAGCCGUACGCACCGGGGACCCAUGGCAAUACUAAAAGAAAGAUUCGUAAAGCAGCCGCUUGCUAUGUCGUGCGGAAUGGCACAUUGUACUACCAGAGAAGGCAGAAAGGCCUGGAUGAAUUCACCGAGUUGGAAGUGGUGUUGCAGGCUGGUCGGAGGAAGGAACUUAUCGAUGAGUCCCACAUUGUCGCCGGAGGAGAACACCUCAACCAGCAUCACACUUGGGAAUCAAUUUCUCAGAAGUAUUGGUGGAGAGGUAUUCUGAAGCAGGUGAAGGACUACAUGAGACAAUGUAGUCAGUGCCAGAACAGACAGGACCGGAGGGGGCUAUCGGAGGACGAUACCGGACCCAGACUGGUUGGCCGACCGGGGGGACGCAGGAAGGUCACAACCCCAGCCAGCGAAGAGGAGGAAGAGGAAGAGGAGGAGCGAGACGAUGAGAUGGACUUUGUGACUUCCAUUCAUCACAAGACCCAGAGCACCAAAACAGUAGCCAAACACGAACUCGUCUUUGUUGACAGUAAGGGCGUGGUGAAGCAGUACCUUCCCAGACACGGUCAGACGAUGCUGGACAAGCUGAACCAGCAGCGCCUCGACAACCAGUUCUGUGACAUCACGCUGCUGAUCGAGGGGGAGGAGCACAGGGCUCACAAGGCCGUGCUGGCCGCCUGCAGCGACUACUUCAAUGAGCUGUUUAUAGAGAAGGGAGCCGUGUCCAGUCACGAAGCGGUGGUCGACCUCUCAGGUUUCAGCAAGGUCAGUUUCCUCCCCCUGCUAGAGUUUGCGUACACCUCCAACCUCUGCUUCAACUUCUGUGUGAUGGCCGACGUUGCCACGCUGGCCCGACACCUUCUGAUGGCCGAGGUCCUUCAGAUCUGUGAGUCCGUCCACAAGAAGGUAGAGGAGCAGAAGAUGAUGGUCUACCAGCAAGGAGACAUCCACACGGUGGUGUCCAGCCAGCCUGCACCCCAACAGGCCCCGAAUGAAGAACCCGGGAGCUACAUUAUGACCAUCGGGAGCGACGGCCAUGCCGUGGUGACUCAUACUGGGCUCGCUGGAGCAGGGGAUGACCUGGACUCAUUGGCCCACACAGCAGAGGCCUUCAGAGGGGAUCCGACGUCUGUAGUCACCCAGGCUCUGGGAGGUGAACCAGGGGAGACUAUGACCGUGGUUGGGGAGGCUGGGUCAGAGACGGUGACUCUAGUCACCCACAGUAACCAGGCCCGGGUAGGCGAGUCGGUCACCCUCAUCUCCCCUACUGGAGAGGCAGAGACCAUGACGGUGGUCACCCACAGCGGCCAGGCCCGGGUAGGCGAGUCGGUCACCCUCAUCUCCCCUACUGGAGAGGCAGAGACCAUGACGGUGGUCACCCACAGCGGCCAGGCCCGGGUAGGCGAGUCCGUCACCCUCUUCUCCCCUACUGGAGAGGCAGAGACCAUGACGGUGGUGACCCACAGAGGCCAGGCCGGAGCCAGUGAGUCCCUGGCCGUGGUGUCAGCCUGUCUGGCCCUGGAGCAGCAGCCGCAAGACGGGUACGAGGGAGAGGGGGCCUCCCCCUCCAUGGAACCAGGGGCCUUCCUCAUCAGUGUGGACCCAGGGAAGGUGGCCCCCACAGGGGUGGCCCAUCUGGCUGUAGUGACACUAACACCACAGGAGAAUGCGUCGUCAGCGUCCCAGAAGGCAGAGCCAGCCCCACAGGUCUCCCCCAAGCCUCCCCCUGCUCCACUCCUCAAGAGGAAGAGAGGGCGUCCUGCCAAAGUCAAGCAGGAAGUUGUGGAGGAGCCUGCUGUUGUUGACGAGGAGGUGCCAGAGCCAGUCUCUACUCCUUCAGAGGAGACGCAGGAAGAUAUGCAGGGGACCCAUGACCCCUAUAAGAGACGCCUACGACAGCGCUCCGUGGGGGAGGGAGGGUACGUCAGACUGCACAUGGGGCUGGAGAAGGACAGCGCCCCAACACCCCCACAGCGCCCCAACACCCCCAAGAAGAGAAACGGACCCGCCAAGAGGCCAGUUAAAGUGAUUGAGGCCGCAGCGGCUCUGAUUGGGACGGAGACUGUUAUCCAGACAGACAUGGAGGAGAUGGUGUCAGUGGAGGGCGUGGCAGACGGAGCUGAGCCUAUCACAGAGCAGGCUGUGGGGGAGUGGCCAGAGCAUGGCCCCGCCCAUCCAGAUGGAGGGAGUGAGGUGGCGGGAGAACACGCCUGUUCAGAGUGUGGCCUGUCGUUUCCCCGGCGCUACGCUCUCAUCGUGCACACACUGAAACACGAGAAGACCAGAGGAUACAAGUGUACUUUAUGUAACAAAGAGUUCCAGUACGCGGCCUCUCUGAGGGCCCAUCUGACCCGACACAAGCACCAGAAGAGCCAGAGGCCCACCCUGGUCAGGGUCCCCCAGCCCCACGGUGAAGAGGGCCUCGAGGGGGACGGCAGGGCCAAGGGACGCACCAAGAGAGAGUUUGUCUGUGACAUCUGUGGAAAGACUCUUCCUAAGCUGUAUUCUCUGAGGAUCCACAUGCUCAACCACACUGGGGUGCGGCCCCACUCCUGCAAGGUCUGUGGGAAGACGUUUGCUCAUAAACACAGCCUGAAGAUGCACAGAGCUCUGCACGACGCUGCUAAACAGUUCCACUGUCUGCUCUGUGACAAGUCCUUCGCUAGUAAGAGAAGUCUGGAGGAACACACCAGUAUUCACACAGGUGAAUCUAAGUAUCUCUGUACCCAGUGUGGGAGGUCGUUCCACCGAGCGUCCGGGUUGAGUAAACACUUAAAGAGACACCAGCCCAGACCGGACGUACGAGGGUUCCCCUGUAGUCACUGUGAUAAGAGUUUCUUUGAGGCCAAAGACCUGCAGCAGCACAUGAACAAACACCUGGGACUCAAACCCUUCCAGUGUCAGAUCUGUGGGAAGUCUUACAGCUGGAAGAAGGACUGGUACUCCCACGUCAAGUCCCACAGCGUGGCAGAGCCUUACAGGUGUAAUGUCUGUGGUAAGGAGUUCUUUGAGAAGGCUCUGUUCAGGAGACACGUGAAGAAGGCCACGCAUGGCAAGAAGGGCCGAGUGAAACAGAACCUAGAGAGAGAGUGUGAACACUGUGGCAGGAAGUUCACCCAGCUCAGAGAGUACAGACGACACAUGAACAACCACCAGGGAGUCAAACCCUUCGAGUGCCUGACGUGCGGCGUAGCCUGGGCCGACGCCCGCUCUCUGAAGAGACACGUACGUACCCACACCGGCGAGCGCCCUUACGUGUGCCCCGAGUGCCAGGAGGCCCACAUCGAUGCCCGCUCCCUACGGAAGCACAUGGCCAAGUAUCACGGCGACCUCCUGCCGGGGAAGAUCAUGCUGGAGAAAGAUACGCUACAGUUUCACAAUCAGGGUACUCAGGUCGAACACGCCGUCUCCAUCCUGGCGUCCGAUCUCCCCCCCGAGCUCCGGCCCGUCCAGCCGCCGCCGGCCGAGGAGAUCGAGACGGUGCUGAUCACGGAGGAGACUGUGGAGGCGGUAGAAGCGGUUCAGGCUGUACAGGGUGACGGGGUCGCGACCUUGUCGGACCAGAGUAUCAUGCAAGUGGUGAACUAUGUGCUGUCCCAGAACAGUGUGCUGCCUGGGGGGGUGAAGAUGGAGGGAGAUGAAUGGCAGGAGGUUACACAGACCAUGGAGCAGCAGGAGGGAGAUGACGGGCAGGAGGUUAUACAGACCAUGGAGCAGCAGGAGGGAGAUGACGGGCAGGAGGUUAUACAGACCAUGGAGCAGCAGGAGGGAGAUGACGGGCAGGAGGUUAUACAGACUGUGGAGCAGCAGGAGGUAAUACAGACCAUGGAGCAGCAGGAGGUUACACAGACCAUGGAGCAGCAGGAGGCUACACAGACCUUGGAGCAGCAGGAGGUAAUACAGACCUUGGAGCAGCAGGAGGUUACACAGACCUUGGAGCAGCAGGAGGUAAUACAGACCAUGGAGCAGCAGGAGGUUACACAGACCAUGGAGCAGCAGGAGGUUACACAGACCUUGGAGCAGCAGGAGGUAAUACAGACCUUGGAGCAGCAGGAGGCUACACAGACCUUGGAGCAGCAGGAGGUUACACAGACCUUGGAGCAGCAGGAGGUUACACAGACCUUGGAGCAGCAGGAGGUUACACAGACCUUGGAGCAGCAGGAGGUUACACAGACCUUGGAGCAGCAGGAGGUUACACAGACCUUGGAGCAGCAGGAGGUUACACAGACCGUGGAGCAGCAGGAGGUUACACAGACCGUGGAGCAGCAGGAGGUUACACAGACCUUGGAGCAGCAGGAGGUUACACAGACCUUGGAGCAGCAGGAGGUAAUACAGACCUUGGAGCAGCAGGAGGGAGGUGAAGGGCAGGAGGUUAUACAGACCUUGGAGCAGCAGGAGGGAGGUGAAGGGCAGGAGGUUAUACAGACCUUGGAGCAGCGGGAGGAUACACAGACCUUGGAGCAGCAGGAGGUUACACAGACCUUGGAGCAGCAGGAGGUAAUACAGACUGUGGAGCAGCAGGAGGUAAUACAGACCGUGGAGCAGCAGGAGGUUACACAGACCUUGGAGCAGCAGGAGGUUAUACAGACCUUGGAGCAGCAGGAGGUUACACAGACCUUGGAGCAGCAGGAGGUUACACAGACCUUGGAGCAGCAGGAGGGAGGUGAAGGGCAGGAGGUUAUACAGACCAUGGAGCAGCAGGAGGUAAUACAGACUGUGGAGAUGACUCACAUGGCAGAGGUGCAAUGAUGUGACGACAGCACCUAGUAGACUGACUCAGUCACUAAGCCAGCGUUUCCCAAACUCGGUGCACAUUUUGGCUUUUGUUCUUAACACGACACAGCUAAUUAAAACGACCAAUUCAUCAUGAAGCUUUGAUCAUUUGAAUCAGAUGUGUUGUGCUAGGCCAAAAACCAAACAUGCCCCCCCCCCCCCCCCCUUUUUGGCACAUUUGUAACAGCCAUUUCCUGCAAUCUAGAGCAAAAAAAAGGCCUUGUAUGAUAAAUAAAGUUUAUAAAAAAUUAUUUGUUUUCUUAAUUUUUUUUAUUUUACGUAGUGGCGCUGCUAGUCCACAAGGUGGCGCUGCGCCCCCUCUUCCAUUCUUUGAGGAGAACCCUGUAGUACCCCUGAAUGAGAUGGUCCGGUGACUAGGGCCGUGUGGUUACUCUAUCCUCUGUGUAGAGUAGAUUACUGUCGACCAGGGGCCCAUUGGGCUCUGAGUGGACCACUAUGUACGGGGGGCCAUUUGAGAGGCACCCCGGGAACGGUAAACAUGACCCCCGGUGGAGUGACUGGUAGACUGCUUCCUCGUCCGAGAUGGGACUGUAACAGGUCAUCUGGGGUUCAGCACGACACAAAGGGCAACUCGUCUGUGUUGUUAUUGGACAGAUUGAGGUACUGCCUGUCUGUUUUCGUCCUGUUGACCAGACCCCGGCUCCGCCUCACACCAGAGACCAUCCUUCUCAGUGGGACCGAAAGUACGAUGUUGACUCUACUUUUGACUAUGUACAUUUAAAUGAACUGAGGUUUUGACUUUCUGUUCAAUCUUGUGUAUAAUGUGUAAAAUAGGGACAAUCAUUAAAAUAUUCUGACAUAAUAA